AUGGUUAUUAGCAUAGGAUUCGAAGGUAGUGCAAAUAAACUAGCUAUUGGAAUCGUUAAAGAUGGUGAGGUGCUAGCAAAUUGCAGAAGAACAUACAUAACACCGCCAGGUGAAGGAUUUUUACCCCGAGAAACUGCAAAACAUCACCAAAAUAACAUUAUAGAGUUAUUACAAGAAACAAUCAAAACAUCUGGCAUACAAUUGGAACAGAUUGAUGUUGUAUGUUUUACUAAGGGUCCCGGAAUUGGUAGUUGCUUAGUUUGUGUUGCAGCUGUGGCACGCACUCUCGCUCAACUUUGGAACAAACCUUUAAUACCUGUUAACCAUUGUAUUGCACAUAUAGAAAUGGGUCGUUUAAUAACCGGUAGUGAGAAUCCUACUGUUUUAUAUGUUAGUGGAGGAAAUACUCAAGUCAUAGCUUAUUCUGGGAAAUAUUACAGAAUAUUUGGCGAAACAAUAGAUAUUGCUGUUGGAAAUUGCUUAGAUCGAUUUGCAAGAGUUUUAAAAUUAUCCAAUGAUCCUAGUCCUGGUUACAAUAUUGAACAAAUGGCUAAAAAUGGUAAAAAAUAUCUUAAAUUACCGUAUGUAGUAAAAGGUAUGGAUGUAUCGUUCUCUGGUAUACUAUCCUAUAUAGAAGAAAAGGCACCAUCAUUGCUAUCAUCUGGUGAAUAUACUCCUGAAGACUUGUGUUUUUCCCUUCAAGAAACUAUUUUUGCAAUGCUAAUAGAAACAACAGAAAGAGCAAUGUCUCACUGUCAGUCAAAAGAAGUACUAAUAGUAGGAGGUGUUGGUUGUAAUGAAAGGUUACAAGAUAUGAUGAAAAUUAUGUGUGAAGAAAGGAAUGCAACAUUAUAUGCUACUGAUGAAAGAUUUUGUAUAGACAAUGGAGUAAUGAUUGCUCAUACUGGAGCAUUAAUGCAUAAUAGUGGAUAUAAGACUACAUGGGAAAAUACAUUUUGUACACAGAGGUUUAGGACAGACGAAGUUGAAGUUACAUGGAGGUCAUGA